AUGACGGAAUCAACAACUGCAAAGCUUGAAUUAGAUUUAAGUAUCCCCAGCCCGAUAAUCCACAAAAGGAAUCGUACAAGUUCUCAAAGCGAGAGAGCUGCGUUAGGAGAGCAUGGAAGGGGGACUAUAGAAUUCUUUUGUCGAACUAAGGGACAUGGAUUUAUAUCUCCUGACGAUGGCUCGGAGCAUGUAUUUGUUCAUGUGUUUGAGUAG